AUGACCAACUUCGAGAAGUCGGUCAAAGGGGCCACGAAGCUCAAGCUUGCGGCCCCUAAAUCCAAAUACGUUGAGACCAUCCUAGUGGCGACCCACACCGGCGAGGCGGGCGUCGCAGAAGUAUUCCGAACACUACAACUUCGACUGCGCGAUUCAGCAUGGACCAUCGUUUUCAAGGCUCUCAUCAUCGUGCACCUCCUGAUCCGUGAGGGCCAAGAGAACGCGGCCCUGUCUUAUCUCUCUGACAACCCGAAGAAGAUCGCCCCCAGCAACUUUUCCGAAGCCCAGUCACAAGGUCGUAACAUUCGUCGAUAUGCCGAGUAUCUAAUCACACGCGCAAGAGCCUUUGAAGCAACCAAGACGGAUUACGUGCGAAGCGGGCCGGGACGCCUAAAGCGACUGAGCGUGGAGAAGGGCCUGUUGAGAGAAACGGAGUUUGUGCAGAAACAGAUUCGCGCUCUGCUACGAGCUGACUUAUUGACCGACGAGCCCGAGAACGAGAUUAGCUUGACUGCUUUUCGCCUGUUGACCCUUGAUCUCCUGACAUUGUACUCCGUCAUGAAUGAGGGUACCAUCAACGUCCUGGAGCAUUACUUUGAGAUGUCCAGACCGGAUAGUGAACGUGCUCUGGCAAUCUACAAAACAUUUACCCGACAGACGGAAGAAGUGGUACAAUUCUUGGGAGUGGCAAGACACUUCCAGUCAGCCACUGGAGUCGAAAUUCCGAAGCUGAAGCAUGCCUCGACUGAUCUGGCGCGUUUGCUCGAGGACGACUUGAAUGACCCAGAUUUCGACCUGCGCCGUCGAGAGUAUCUGGCACAGAAAGGCAUCAAGAAAGAUUUUGGUGCUCCCUCUGACACGCCUUCGUCUGCCACCCCGUCUAAGCCCACACCCGCGCCUGCGUCGAACCCACCAAGACUACCUGAGCCGCAGAAAGCGCCACAAUCGGACCUGAUCGACUUCUUUGAGUCGAUCGAACCAAACCAGCAGCCCAUUACCCAGCAGAAUACUGUUCAGUAUCGGCAAACAGGCUUCCAACAACCGCAACAGCAGGCGUUUUAUCCCCAGCAGACCGGCUACCAGCAGCAGCAGCAGCCUCAAAUGACAGGCUACGGCCAACAGAACCCAUACGGCGGAGGUUUCCAGCAGCAGCAGAACACUGGUAAUCCCUUCGGACAACCUAUGGGCCAGCCGCAAGCCCAGCCGCUCCAGGCUACUCCCACCGGUGCUGGUUUUGGAGGCUACACUCCACAGCCGCAGCAAUAUGGUUAUCAGUCGAACCUCGCAUCCACUCCGCAGAAUGGGAUUCCUCCUCUCCCCCAGCAGCAACAACAGUCGGCCGUCGCAAAUCAAUUGCAGCCGCAGACUACCGGAACAAACCCAUUCCGACAGUCCAUGAUGCUCAACUCGGCCACCGGUGGUGGCGCUCCCCCGGCUGCUCCGCUCCAACGACAAAACACCAACCCCUUCGCAAAGCGACUCUCUGUCGCGCACCAGCUCAAUGCCCCUCCAACUGAACCAGUGCCUCCACUUCCCCAACAGCCACCGGCGCAGCAGCACCAGCAGCCGCAAGCGCUCCAACCCCAGCGAACCGGAACCAACCCGUUUGCGCGGAGCUCGACCGUUCCUCCCCAGACUACGGGGCUGCAGCCUCUGCAGCCGACUCCAACGGGGAGCACCAAUCCAUUCCGCCAGAGCCAGUUCAUCCACCAACAGACUGGACAGGGCUGGCAGAAUAGUGGACAGGGUGGCACGAUGGGUGGAUUGGAGCAGAUGGAUACGGUCCCGGUGUUUCCGCGACCGGGAAUGAUCUAG